CAAAACGUGCUGUCAUGACACAUGAACGUCAAAAACAAAAACACUCUUCAAAAUGGAUAGCAAGGCCACAUAAAGGAAAUAGUAACAUUAUCAUCUACACAAUCAUGUAAACAUCAGAAUCACAGCCGCAACCAUCAACCAACCAACCACAGCAGGACAACUCUCUUAACAGUUAGCAAAAUGGGUGGAAAAUAUGAAGUCCCAACCUCCACGUUUCCAUAUAAAAUUUCGAGACGCAUUCAGUGUCUUAGCUUACCGAGGAGGUAUUACAUGGAUAGCUAUGAAGGAUCCAUGCCGCAGUACACGAAGUCGGGCACAAGGCAGUCUGCUUUGACUGGGCGAAUUGUUGACAAAAGUAACGACAUGGCUUGGCCGUCUAUUAGACGUCUAUUAAUCUUGAAAAGGAUGUACAAGAAUAGAUUCAGUCAAGAACGACUGGAAAAGAUAGACAGAAUGAUCGAAGCAUCCAACGGCACGGUUUACUCGAAGAUGGCUAAUUGUACUAUAGACCUUAAGAAAAUGGACGCCAGGGAUUUAAAAAAGAAGAAAGGGUGGACCGAUACAGAUUGGAAAAGGAAAAUGGAAUAUAUUUCUCAAAUCGCUGAACCUAAAAAGGUGUUCCAGCCACCGCCGGUUAAGCGAGGUAAAAGUAUGCCAUUGGAGGCUCUGAUGCCGAGGAUCGAGGAAAUGAGUGUACCGCCCAGCUCCAAAUGCUACAAGAGAAUGUCACAAGAAGCCUGGUACAGGAACCCAUUGAAGGUAUCGCCCCACGCCCUGAAAUACGUGUUGACGGACAGAAUGAAGAAGCUAGCCACUGCGAGAGCUGUACCCGCUGGGGACUGACUUCACUAGUUCAAACACAACACGAAUGUAAAACGAAUAAUGACCGACAACGGUAACCAACGUUACUAAAUUUUAAAAAGAAAACAUGUUAAAGUUAGAAAAAUAAAAAAGAAACUAGAAAACGUGAUUUUUUGCAAAAAAUACUUACUAAUAUGACUUGGUAGACGUUGUUGUCGUUAUUCUAAUAGUAAUGUUCUGUACAUGGUAAUG